UUUAAAUCGAGUUAUAGACGUCGGGAGUGCCAUUUAAAGUGUCGCGCGAAUUUCGGGUUCGCGCGCGAGCAAUGCGCGCGUGUCGCGAACGCGUGUGUUUUAUUCCGUCGUAAUACCGGGAGUGUCGUGAAAAUUUCGCGCGAUUCCGAAUCGUUGUAUUCUAGUGAAUUUAUAGACGUCGGGAGUGCCGUUUAAAGUAUCGCGCGGAUUUCGGGUUCGCGCGCGAGCAAUGCGCGCGUGUCGCGAACGCGUGUGCUUUGAAAAACCAGAAGAAGAAGAAGAAGGAGACUUAGGAAAGGCACCGGGCGAUGGUGGAGCAACGUUGUGAUCAACUGGUGAACACAACACUCCGCUGUUGCACAUUGUAUCAUGUUACGAAGUCUUAAAACAUGCGUGUACAAGCCUAAAAGGUCAAUCACAACCAAACGGCAAGCCAUUCACAUCAGUUGUCACAUAUGUAUUGAAUCCAAAAGCUGUAACAAUAGCACAACUAUAUGGCGAAUAUGAUUCCAAUACACACGAGUGGACAGAUGGGAUAUUGCCAACUUUAAUACGAACGGAUGUAGCAGUAGUGAAUCCUGACAAAUGUUGGUAUAUUUUUGACGGACCGAUCGAUACAGUUUGGAUCGAGAAUAUCAAUACCAUCCUGGACGAUAAUAAGAAGCUUUGUCUCACGUCCGGCGAAAUAAUAAAGUUACUACCGACUCAAACUAUAAUGUUCGAAGUAGCGGAUCUUCAAGCAGCUUCCCCGGCUACAGUUUCCAGAUGUGGUAUGGUGUAUAUGGAACCGGAAAAUUUAGGUCUGCAACCUCUGAUCGAUUGCUGGAUACGAUCAUUGCCAACGACGAUGAACGAUUAUAUCGAGGAAAUAAUCAAGUUAUCCAAUCAACUGGUGCUUCCCGGUUUGAAGAUUAUACGUGAGAGCUUGCAAGAGAUCGUGGAUAUCGUAGAUUCUGCUAUUAUUCAAUCUUACAUAAAUUUGAUGAACUUUAGAAUUGGAUUAAUAACCGAACGCGAAGAAAAAGCACCACUGAAUUUCGCUUUCCAACGAACUAUACAGGAUUUAUUGUCACCGUGGGCAGCUUUUGCAACCGUUUGGGGAUUGGGUGCUGUUUGUAAUUAUGAAAGUCGUUGUAUAUUUAGUGACUGGCUGAGAAAAGUACAAAAGGAUGCUCAACACAAAAUACCGUUUCCAAAAGAUGGUCUUGUGUUUGAUUACAGGUUACACGAUGGAUUCACCGACUCCAUCGACGGUCAAGAGCCAAUUUCACCUAAAUGGUACAAGUGGUUGGAUGGCAUUCCACCCAUCAGAAUAACGCCGGAAACAGAAUACGCCGAUAUCGAAAUUCCAACUAUGGACUAUGUGCGAAAUUCGGUGAUAAUUGAAUAUCUUCUGAUUAAUGAAACGAAUAUACUCUGCGUGGGUCCAACCGGAAGCGGCAAGACUUUAACGAUAUCAGCAAAAUUAUCGCGCAGCAUGCCAAAAAAAUAUAUUUGCGAUUUUUUGACAUUCUCGGCGCGAACCACGGCAAAUGAGACGCAGGACGUAAUUGACACGAAAUUGAACAGGCGACGUAAAGGUAUCUAUGGGCCGCCUAUUCUAAAAAAGCAAAUUUUCUUUAUUGACGAUUUGAACAUGCCGACCUUGGAUACAUGCGACGCCCAAUCGCCUCUUGAAUUAAUUCGUCAAUUUAUGGAUUUUGGCGGGUGGUAUGACAGAAAGGAAAUCGGAUCUUUCAGAUUGAUCAAGGACGUAAAUUUUGUCGCAGCAAUGGGAUUAUCCAGAGGUGGAAGAAACCCAAUAACUGCUAGACUCUUACGACAUUUCCAUAUUAUUGCUUUUCCAGAGAUGGAGGACGAUGGCAAAUCGCAUAUCUUCAGAACAAUCUUCAACUCGUGGCUUUCAAACACACCGAAGCUCGGAAAUAUGCUGGACGAUAUAGUAGACGGCACUUUGAAAGUUUUCACAAUUAUACGCAGCAAAAUGUUACCCACUCCCAACAAAUCCCACUACACUUUUAACCUUCACGAUUUGAGCAAAGUGUUCCAAGGUAUUCUUAUGGCGGACGCAAGAAAAAUGCUAACUCGCGAGAAGCUGUUAUUACUUUGGUAUCAUGAGAAUAUUCGAAUCUUCAGUGAUCGUUUGAUUAACGAUGAGGAUAGAAAAUGUUUAGAGCAAUUCUUACGGAAUAUAUUAAAGGAGAAGUUUAAUUGUGAUGCUGAUAAUAUUAUCGGGACAAAAUCAUUAUUUUAUGGUGAUUUUUGCAGUACGACGCGAGAAUAUGAACAAAUAACAGAUAUGAAAAAAAUGAAAAAAAUUCUGAUCGACUUUUUGGAGGAUUAUAAUCAUUCAACAAUGUCGCCGAUACAAUUAAUAUUUUUUGAAGAUGCUAUGAAUCACAUUUGUCGAAUUAUGCGUAUUCUUCGGCAACCAAGAGGAAAUGCUUUAUUGCUAGGAAUGGCUGGAUCAGGACGUCAGAUCUUAACAAAGCUUUCAUCGCAUAUCCAAGAGUACAACUGUUUCCAGAUUGAAAUCAAUAGAUGUUAUACAAUUUACAAUUGGAGAGACGACAUCAAAAAUAUAAUGCUAAAGACAGGAUUGCGGAAUCAAUCUGUUGUCUUUUUAUUCUCAGAUACGCAGAUAAAAAAUGACUCCAUGUUGGAGGACUUAAAUAAUAUACUGAGCACCGGCGAUGUUCCGAACGUAUAUCAAGCUGAUGAAAUGGACAAAAUAUAUCAAGCAAUGCGGACGUCAAUACAAGAGCCUGGACUGCAGAUCAAUAAGGGCAAUCUUUUUUCCGCUUAUCUGAAGGCAGUCAGAAACAACUUACAUAUUGUCAUCACAAUGAGCCCGAUCGGAGAUAUAUUUCGUGCUCGCAUCAGACAAUUUCCGGCGCUAAUAAAUUGCUCUACAAUUGAUUGGUUUUGCCCCUGGCCGAAUACCGCGCUUCAGAGCAUAGCAACGUAUCUUCUGUCGGACAUUAAAGACAAAUUGAUCACGGACAAAAUUUGGCAACCUAUCAUAAGGAUAUGCGGAUAUAUGCAUAGCAGCGCGAUCAAUGCCAGUGAUCGUUUCUUGAAGGAACUAGAACGUUGUAACUAUGUUACUUCUACGUCGUACAUGGAGUUACUGACUAGCUAUACCAAGCUGCUGAAAAAGAAGAAGAACGAAUUAAAUUCUGCAAUAACUCGUUUGUCCGCUGGAUUGACCAAGUUGGCAAACACAGAGGCAGAAGUUAAUGAUAUACAGAAAAUAGUGAAACAUAUAAAGCCGAAGUUAGAGAAAGCGACGGAAGUUAUGGCGAGGAUAAUUCAAGAAAUUUCUCGAAACACAAUUGAAGCCGAAAAAACUAAAGUGGCAGCUGUGAAACAAGAAGCGGCGGCAUCAAAAAUGAGGGAGGAAAAUAAAGUGAUCAGGGAUGAGGUGGAGAUCGACUUGAAUGAGGCAAAAUCAAUGCUCGAGGCUGCCGAGGCCAGUUUGAAAGCGUUAAAUAAAAACGAUAUUAUGGUGGUAAGAGCGAUGAAAAGACCGCCGAUAGAAGUGCGUUUAGUGAUCGAGACAAUGUGCAUUGUGAAUAACGUGAAACCAAAUAAGAUUCCUGGAGAACGUCCCGGUGAAAUGACAUUAGAUUACUGGACUCCUGGAAAUGAGAUGCUAGCAGAUCCAAUAUAUUUCCUUCACACAAUACAGCACUAUAAAAAGGAAGAUAUCAAAGAGGAAAUGAUCAAUACAUUGAAAGACUACAUAGAAAAUCCCAACUUUCAACCAGCCAAAGUACUUCGAGUCUCGAAGCCAUGCUAUUCCUUGUGCAUGUGGAUCCACGCGAUAUACAACUACUAUGACGUGAAUACAAAAGUUGCGCCUAAGAUGACAGGUUUGACUACAACCGAGAAAACCUUGGCUAAAACCGAAAAGAUUUUGGAAGCCACUAUGUCGAGACUCCGAGAAGUAGAGGGAAGCAUCAAAAAGUUGCAAAAUCAGUUGAGUGAAGAAGAAGUGAGAAAGGCCGAACUGGAAAGGCAGACCCAACUUUACGAAGAACGAAUUACGUAUGCUGUAAGAUUGAUUGUGAGUCUAUCGAACGAAGAAAAACGAUGGUUUGUCAUACUGGAGGAUAUGAAAAUAUCUCUAAAAAAUGCUGUCGGUGACAUUCUUCUGGCGUCAGGUGCGAUAGCAUAUCUGACACCUUUCACGGACACCUACCGCCGGGAGCUUCUGAUCUCCUGGUACAGCGCUCUCGGCGAGGAUGUACCUCACACUCUAGACUGCAAACCGAUAUUAAUUCUCGGUAAUCAGAUUGAGAUAAGAAAUUGGCACAUCUGCGGUUUACCCAAAGACACCAUAUUCGUUGAGAACGCGAUUCUCGUUAUGAAUUCCAAGCGAAUUCCUCUCUUUAUCGAUCCGCAGGCACAGGCGAACAAGUGGAUACGCAAUAUAUGCAAACCAAUUGGACUUUCAAUUACAAAAAUAAUGGAUAAAGACCUUUUACGCACGAUUGAAGAUUGCGUGCGAUUCGGCAAGCCCUGCUUGAUUGAAAAUGUUGGUACAGAAUUGGAAGCUGCCCUAGAUUCCAUUCUUAAACGUACGCUAUUUAGACAUGCCGGACAGCUCAGUGUCAAAAUUGGCGAGGAUAUUGUGCCCUACAACUUUGAUUUUCGCCUUUACCUAACUACGAAACUACCGAAUCCCCAUUACGCACCAGAAAUAGCAGCAAAAGUGUUGAUAGUCAACUUUACGCUUACUGUUGGCGGCCUUGUCGAACAGAUACUCUCUCUGGUCACAAUACAGGAACGCCCUGAUAUCGAGCAGGAAAGGAACAGACUUAUUGUAUCAAAUGUCGAAAUAAAACACGAUCUAAUAGAGACCGAAGAUAAAAUUCUACACAAACUCACAGCAUCCGAAGAAUUGACAAUAGAUGACAUGAAUCUAAUUCUUAUCCUAAAAGCCCAGAGCGAGGAAAUCAAGACAAAGAUAGAGGCCGCCGAAUUUGCGCAAGCAGAUAUCGAUUUAACGAGAUCAUUAUACAUGCCGAUUGCAAAUCGAGCACAAAUACUGUUUUUUUGUAUUGCCGAUCUCCAGUGUAUCAAUAUUAUGUACCAGUAUUCCUUAGAGUGGUUUGUCGUUAAUGUUAAUAAUAGCAUACUAAAUGCCGAAACAAACAAAGAUAUCGAUAAGCGGAUCGUAAAUAUCAACAAAAAUUUGACGUUUGAGCUGUUCUCGAACGUAUGUCACGGUUUAUUUGUGAAACAUAAGCUGCACUUCGGGUUUCUUCUCUGCGCGCGUAUUCUCUUGGAUGACGGCACUAUCGAUUCGAAAGAAUGGCAACAUUUUCUUACAACAAUCGCACCGAUUCAAGAAUUGCCAAAUCCCGCGCCUAAAUGGAUUACUUCGCAGUGCUGGAAGGAAAUUCAAGCUUUGGAAAGGCUUCCAAAAUUUAACAAAUUUAUUAUAUUUUUCCAACAAUCGUUAAUCCAGUUUAAAAAUAUAUUUGAUACUCAGGAAGCACAUUUAGUGCCAUUUCCCGAACCAUGGGCCACAAAGCUGGACGACUUUGAAAAAUUGUUGGUGCUCAAGUGCCUACGGCCCGACAAAGUCAUUAAUACUAUGCAAAUCUAUCUAGCGAAGUAUCUAGGUCGGCAGUUUAUUGAACCGCAAGUUGCGAAUUUGUCAGCAAUUUAUAUGGCAUCAUCUAACACCAAGCCGAUUGUCUUUAUUUUAUCGCCCGGCACUGACCCGCUGAAGAAAUUACAUAAAUUCGCCGACAAAUUAGAAAUGGGGACAAAAUUACAUUCAAUAUCUCUCGGGCAGAAUCAAGAACUCAAAGCGCAAGCCAUGUUAAAACAAGCGGCGGAAGUUGGCAACUGGGUUUUCUUUCAAAAUUGCCACUUGACACCAAGCUGGAUGCUGGAACUCGAAUCCUUCAUCGAAACGUUGUCAUCGGAAAAUGUUCAUCAAGAUUUUCGAUUGUGGAUGACAUCCGAGCCGUCGUCCAAUUUUCCCCUUAGUAUUCUUCACAAUAGCAGCAAAAUGAUAAUACAGACACCGCGAGGUAUAAAGGCCAACAUGCUUCAUGCAUACCUGACACAAGUGAUAGAAAUACAAGAGCUUUUGAAAUCCGACCACCCGAAAGCUCCGUCAUUCAAGUGGCUUGUAUUCUCACUUUGCAUGUUCCACUCAAUUCUGCUCGAGAGACGGAAAUUUGGUUCUCUCGGCUUCAACAUAUCCUACGAGUUUACAAACGAGGAUUUAGCUAUAUGCGUUUUGCAACUAUACAUAUUUCUCAUGGAAUACGAUACUUCACCGUAUAAGAUUCUCACAUAUACUACUGGACACAUUAACUAUGGUGGACGAAUAACAGAUGAUUGGGAUCGUCGAUGUGUCUUGACACUUCUCGAGGAUUAUUAUAAUCCUGAUGUUGCCCUUCCAGACUACCAAUUUGAUCAACAGGGCAUUUAUUAUCAGUUGCCGACUACAGCGUCAUUUGACGAUUAUGUGGAGUAUAUAAAGGAUUUGCCUUUAAACGAUGAUCCAUCAUUAUUUGGCCUGCAUUCAAAUGCUGAUAUAAAUUGCGCGCAAGCGGAAGCAUACAUUUGCCUUGCAACUCUAUCAAAUAUACAAUCUAAAGACCUUGGUGUUGCAACCGCAAAUGUGGAAGAAGUGACAAGUGAAAUAACUAACAAUAUGUUAGCCACAAUUCCUGAACCCUUUGACUUAAUUGCAAUGCAAAUGAGAUACCCAUUAUUGUACGAGGAAUCUCUUAAUACUGUUCUGUUGGAAGAAGCUCGUCGAUACAACGGCUUACUCGAAAUCGUGCAAUCAACGUUACAGGAUCUUUUGAAAGCUUUAAAAGGUUUGAUUGUCAUGUCGGAGCAACUCGAAAGGAUAGUUAUUAGUCUUUUUAACAAUAAAAUACCCGCAAAUUGGCAAAGCAAGAGUUAUCCUUCUUUAAAAUCUUUGGCCGCAUGGUUCCACGAUUUGAAGAAAAAAAUUAAAUUUAUAAGUGAUUGGCGAGAUCACGGUAUACCAUCAGCAUUUUGGAUGCCCAGUUUUUACUUUCCUCAAGCCCUCCUAACUGGCACGUUGCAAAACUUUGCACGCAAACAUAUAGUAUCCAUUGACACAAUCGAUUUUAGCUACAAGGUUUUAUCUUCUAAACCAAUGCAGAGACCAUCGAAUGGUUGUGUCAUUUAUGAUCUUUUUCUGGAGGGCUGUCGGUGGGACGGAAAAUAUCUCGCGGAAUCUUUUCCAAAACAAUUAUUUACCCAGAUGCCACCGAUUUUCCUAUUACCGGAAGUUGACCACGCAAUUCUACCUUAUGGAAUUUACAUAUGUCCUUUAUAUAAAACUAUUGAGCGCACUGGAACGCUGAGCACAACGGGACAUUCCACGAACUUCGUUCUAGCAAUGGAAAUUCCUACUGACAAGUCACAGUCUCAUUGGAUAAAAAGGGGAGUGAUGUUGAUAUGCGCCUUGGACUAUUAGAAUUUCUCUGUCACAAUGUACCACAAAUUAGCAGCUUAUAAUGGAAGGCGCAAUUAGCACUCUAAGUGUGCGCGUUAUUAAUUUUAUACUUAAUAUACAGGAUGUUUCAGUGAUGUCCUCUUUAACCAUCAUUACAGUUAGUUAUUUUAAACAAUUAGACAAAGAGGAUUGUCAUAAAGUAGUUAAGGAUUUUGUCAGUCGAGAACAACAUGAAAUAAAGCGUAAUCUGAAAUCUAUUUCAUAUUCAAAAUAUAUUUAUAUUUUGUACAAUUAUGUAAAUCUAUUGACAAAAUCAUUGCUGUCAAAUAAAAGUAACAAUGUUACAUGUAUUGAAUUAGAUGCAAUAAUGAGAUCGCUAAAAGGAAAAUUAGAAUAUAGAGUAAAGUAUAACCUUUUUGGA